AUGGAAAGGAAAAGAAAGAACCGGUCGAAGAAACAUGCGGAUCAACGGACAAGCGAAUUCGUCCUCACCAUUGACAGUACAGGUAGGAAAAUUAACGAUCAUCAAAAACGACAGGACAACUUACCGGUUUCGGCGCUGUCCUCACACACCACUGUUGUCUCACCUGAGUCAAAUGGUAACCCUGAAGAUAAAAUUAUAUGGUCCUCAAAACGAUAUGUCCCACUUGAACUUUAUCCUUGUAUCGUUGGGGAUGACCCGGAUCGACCACCAUCAAAAGAAGAAAUCAAAUCAUGCAACACCAUAGCCGCAACUUUCAAAUACUUUGACCACGGAAAGGUUGUUAUACACGACAAAGUGGAUAAAGCAAAAAUAAUUGCCGUUAUCGAAUUCAUUCCAUUCGAUGGUGCUUCUCAAGUCGAACUAGAAGAAAUCGGCAAAUUCACAAACUUUUUACACUCUGCCAAACGCUUUGUCAAUGCCGUCGGCUCUGAGGCUCGUUCCUGGGGAGGCAAAAUGUUCGCCAUCGGUUGGCGAAAGGCAAUGGUUGCAUUCCAACUUUUAGGGCUCUACCGGAACAAAGCCGCUAUUACCAGACAUCCGGAAGAUUACCGUCAUCUUAUGCAGAACUCGCCUCAAGUUUCAAGCAUCCUUGGUAGAAUGUUCCGACGGCUCGCUAAUGUCGCUUUUUCCGAAAAUCAACAGCUGAUGAACGAAUACUCAAUUCCAUCUAUUGGUCAUCCGGAUUUCGACAUGCCAAUUGGGGAUGACGAUUGUGCCCCAAACCUCACUUUUACCGCUGGAGGAUUCUUUAACCCGCCCCACUGCGACACUCAAGAUUUGUCGGAGUUUGCUUUUGGGAUAUUCCUCCCUGUCAAUAAGCAUGACUUGUCACCCGCAACCGGUCCCACUCAGUCAAACUCAUCGGCUGGAGCAUUUGUCUUCCCAGAUUACAGAUGUGGCAUUGACUUUGCAAAAGCUAACGGAAUCGUCAAACUCGUUUGGAGGGCACGUGAGGCUCGACAUUGUACCUUAUUUUCAGAUGUCGAUUCACCUUACGAGCGGCUAGGAAUGUCAAUUCAAAUCAAUAAAAAGACUGCCACAACUUCCCAGGACACCAAAAGCGGUGCAAUUUUCAAUCGGCCUGCAUACAAGGAUAUACCAAAGGAGAAACUCUACAUAGGAAACCUCCAAACUUACGUUGAUGGAACCCACUAG